AUGAGACCGGCAUUUUUAAAUGUCCCUUCCAGCGGCGCCUUCCAGUGCUUUCCAAUCGGUUCAGUUGCUUUUGACGUGCCAAAAUGUAAACAAAACGAGAUUUUGCGAGGAGUGUUGUUUAUACGAUUGAAAACGGGAUUAAAAAUGCCCAAAGUCGUCUCGCGGAGUAUUGUGUGCUCGGAUUCGAAGGAUCAGGAGGAGUACAAUGAGACGAAGCCACUGAACAUCUAUUACUGCUUGUGUGGAAUGAUGUCCUUGAUAUUGGAUUGCCAGAUCGAGAAGCUGCCCUUGCGCCAGGCGGACGGCGCCAGAGUCAUCGAUGGCUCGCAUCACGCGCACAAGAUCACCAGCGUUCCGGACGAGACGACCUACAUUCGGCGGCCGAAAGGGAUUGAGCGACAGUACAGGAUGAAGUGCAAGCGCUGCUCCCUGCCGCUCUACUAUCGGCACAGCAACGGCAGCAACGUCACGUUCAUCUUCAGGGGCGCUCUGGUGUCCUCGCGAGUGGCCACAGAUAACGUGCCGACCAUCGACGUGUUCCAGCAAGUGGCGCAGUCGGCGCCGCGGAAGAUCAUGGUCACGAAGCACACGAAGAACAUGGGCAAGUUCAGCUCGGUCACGGUGUCCACAAUUGACGAGGAGGAGGACGAAAUCGAGGCGCGCGAAAUCGCGGACAGUUACGCGAACAAUGCGAGGAUCAUUGAGAAGCAGCUGCAUAGGAAGUCGGGCAAGUUGGUGGAGAGCACACAGAAGGCGGAGAGCGAAGCUGGCCCGAGUCAGAGCAAAAAAGCCCGCGGAACUCUUAUCGAUAUGUGA